GUCGGGCUAAGUCAGGCCUGGGACCAGCUAGAUCAGCUGGCUAUGCGUAUGCAGCACAACCUUGAACAACAAAUUCAGGCCCGCAACGUUAGUGGUGUGAGUGAAGAAGCUCUCCGUGAAUUCUCAAUGAUGUUCAAACACUUUGACAAGGACAAGUCUGGUCGCCUUGAUCAUCGAGAAUUCAAGUCAUGCUUGCGAGCAUUAGGCCACGAUUUGAAGUUAGUCGAGGAAAAUCAGGUUGAUCCUGAGUUCGAAAGCAUUCUUUCCGUAGUGGAUCCUAAUCGCGAUGGUUACGUAACUCUACAAGAGUUUAUGGCAUUUAUGAUCAGCAGGGAGACAGAGAACGUCCAAUCCCGAGAUGAAGUGGAAGAGGCAUUUAGGGCUCUUACCAAAGAUGGAAGAGACUAUAUCACGAAAGAGGAACUUUACUCGUUAUUAUUAAACUUUUUCCUCUUCCAACCACAGAAUCUUUCCAAAGAGCAAGCCGAUUUUUGUUCUGACUCUAUGCCUCCAGUAUGCAGCAAAUCCGGCCAACAGAUUAAUGAGGCCUACGAUUAUCAAGCUUUUACUCGGCAGUUAUUCCAGAAAUGA